AUGCGCUCAUUGUUUAGAUCGGGACAAUGUGUGUGUAAACGAAACGCAGGUGGACGUCAAUGUGAUAAAUGUGCGGAUGGUUUUUACAAUUUGCAAGGCUACAAUCAGCUUGGUUGCGAACCUUGUAAAUGUGACAUUGGUGGCUCACUUCGAGCUGAUUGCGAUGGUGAAACUGGGCAGUGCCGUUGCCGACCAAGAGUUACCGGGUUGCAAUGCGAUAAACCUAUAGAAAAUCAUUACUUCCCAACGCUUUGGCAUAAUCAGUACGAAGCCGAAGAUGGCCAUACCGAAGAC